CACUACAACCGACUGAAAUGCGCAUGUGCAAAACAACAAUCCGUUGAUUAACAGUUGGUUUAAUUGUGGUGAUCAUUUGUUCUGUCCUCUACUAUAGUACACUCUCGCUCGUAUUAUCAUCUGCUAAUCUUUUCCUAUCCGCGCUGUUUGGGUAUUAUUAAGGAGGGUACACUAAAUCCGCAGCUUGCCCGACGAACAUUAGCGAAAGGCAGCUAACGUUAGCAAACAGACACAAGGCAAGAUGGACGAGACUUCUGCUGCAGCAGAGAUCGGAGAGGAGAGAGCUGAAAACGUGGCCGGUAACGUCGACAAAGACGAUGAAAACAACGAGCAUUCAUCUGCCAAGGAUGCCGCUGACAGGGACGAACUUUUCUGCUGUCGGAAUUGCGGAGAAGCUUUCAGCGAGGAGGCUGCGUACUUGGAGCAUCGCCUUCAGCAUCCUCCACAAAACACGCAUUUAGACAGCCAGUCUGAUGGUUUACUUGACUCUGAAAAGGACAAUGAAGCACUUUAUUUUUGCUCUUACUGUGCACUGUCAUUUGUUGAGAUGAGCGAACUGCACUUACACAUGAAGGACCACGAUCAAAUCUCUCUGAAGGGGUCUGAUAUUAAUCCUGGAGCAACAAAGCAGCACUCCUAUGAAUGUGCAGAUUGUGGCAAAUUGUACACAGUGAUUGGACACUUCCUCAACCAUCAGCGCUCACACAGACAGCCCUCCAAAUCGGUUUUUCACGACUUGGAACAUUUAAAAAAGAAAUCGUUUCAGUGCGAGUCCUGCGGAAGAAAUUACUCUCGUGCUUCGGCUCUCGAUGCUCAUCGCCGCUGCCAUCAAGAGAAGCUGGUAAAGUCGAAAAACAGGAGCUCGGGAGAAACGGUUCAGCCGGCAGAGCCGCCAGCAGAAGUAAAGCCAUGUGAAAACCCGACUGAAGAAGAUCGUGAUAAACUUUUUAAAUGUUUGUGUGGCAAAGGUUUUUCUAGCAUGAUGCGGCUGAAAACACAUCAGCGAUUCAGCCGUAACACGCUUUGCUCUCCGGAGGAGAUGAAGCAAAAACCAAAGAAGGGCUGUGGUGAGUUUUACUGCAGCGAGUGCAACAAGGCAUUUAAUGGCCACAUCGCCCUCUUUAACCAUCAGCGGUGGCACGCUAAUCACUCUGAUAACACUGCAAAAAGGUUCCCAUGCGAGGAAUGUGGGAAAGAGUUCAUGACUCUGACGUUCUACUACAGACAUCAGCGCACAGCACACAGCGAUGAGACCCCAUCAAAAUCGUUCCAACAUCAAGUCUGUCAGCUUCAAAAGAAGGCGUUUGAAUGUAAAGAUUGUGGGCUGAAAUUUUCCAGGGCUUCUGCACUUCAGUCCCAUCGGCUCCAGCACACCGAUGUUUUCAGAGAAACGGAGAAGGCGCAUUCAGAAUCCACUCUGCCGUCUCAGCGGGGAUCAGAAAGCGAACAGAAAGUCAGCGAGCACUUGGAGGCGUCAGUGGAAGGAACAGUGAAAGCAGAAACCAUUCCUCCCACCGAUGUGGGCGGAGGACAACAGAUAAACGAAAUGGAUGAAGAGAUGGAGAGCUAUGAACCGGGCGACUUUAACGUGCAGGUGAUCAGUGCAAGUGAAUCUGAAGACGAGGGUCUCCAAGAGACUAAUCCUGAUCUGGAACUGCUGUGCGAGUCAGAUCAGGAUAUAAGGGAGGAUGCCGAAGUAUACCCUGGAAGUCUGGUUUCAAAACCGGAUGUGGACUUGAAAAUAGUCCAGAUUGACUUUGCGCAAAGCUUGCAGUGUCCGCCGAUAGAGAAUGAAGCCCAGCUUAAAACUGCAGAGGAGAGAUUUGGUUGCCCCGAGUGUUAUCGGUGGUUUAAUAAUCCCUCAUCGCUGCGCGUCCACAGAAUGUGGCACACCGUUCGUAGGAGAAGACAUCAGAAUCAAGGUCAGUCAGAGGAAGUUUACAAUUGUAACACAUUUCCUCGUGAAACACAAAGCAGUGGUUCAUUGAUUCAGGUCGAGACGAGCUUAGAAGAGACCGCUUUCACGUGCAGUGACUGUGAUCAGGUUUUCACCCAGUUACCUGCUUUAUUGUCGCAUCAGUUACAUCACCCUAAAAGAAAACAGUUCCAAUGCCCACAUUGCACAUCAUCCUAUUUGCAUGCAGCCAGCUUGUACAACCAUUUGAAAACCUGCACAACACAAAAGAGGGAGACUAUUUCCGUCAGUAAGAAAGAGUACAAUCCAAAGAAAACCCUUCUGGGUCCAAAGAUUUAUCAUUGUGAGCAGUGUGGGAAGGGUUUCUGGUCCUUGGGGGCAUUCUCUCAUCACAAGCAAAAUCAGAUGGAGUGCGUCGAUUUGAGACUCAGGAAAGGCGUUUCAGGAUCUUUGCACUCCAACGGACGCUCGCGCUCCACAAUCAAGGUGGCGUGUCCCGUUUGUGGUAGGAAGUUCCGCCACAAAGGCAUCAUGGCGCUGCACAUGCGCAAGCACGAAAACGGAGACCACAAGUGCGAGAUCUGCGGCCGCUCCUUCCGCCUUUUUUCCAGCUUGCUGAGGCACGAGGUGGUGCACAGCGAUCUGUUGCUCCCACCACCUGCCAAGUCCUUCCAGCAUCAGCUGGAGCAGCUGAAGAAAAACACAUACGCCUGCCCUGACUGCGGGAAGCUGUUCUCACGGGCCAAAGCUCUGCAGUUUCAUAUGAAGAGCCACGGCUACGAGACCGGCCACUCUCCAUCGUCAACGGGAACUGCAGAGGCUCUGAAGGAUCUGCAGUGUGUGACGUGCUUUGCUCAUUUCACCAAGAAGUCCUCCUUAAGGGCUCACCAGAAGCUUUGCAGGAGUAGAUGCAGUGAGGGAGGAGAGAAGAUAGAGCAGUCUGAAAAGGAUGCUAAAAAAACCGAGGGUAUGGAUGCCAACAUGCCAGAAGUGUCCAAGCAAAUAAACGAAGGGGGCAGUGAUGCACAAAAGUUGGAACAGCACCUAAAAGGGGAUGAUUCAGGCUCAAAUAAAUGGAAGUAUCAAUGCAAGAUUUGUAACAAAAGCUUUUCAACGGUUGGAGCCAUGAACAUUCAUAAAAGAACUCACAUUGAGUGCAACAAAGGAGUGGCAAAAUCAAAUUCACCUAUCUCGCUAGUGUUCAAAAUAACUAAAAAAGACGAGCAGAGUAAAGGACUGAUUCACUGUUCAGACUGCGGAAGGCGUUUCACCACCAAGUCGGCGCUCGGCUCCCACAAACGGUGGCACAGAAAUGAGAAGUGUUCGUCGUUCUCACUCGAAGAUGCUCUCAGUACCGUUGGGCAUAAGACGGAGGACGAAGGUUUUAAGUGUGAGAAAUGUGGGAAAUAUUUCUUCAACCGUCACGUCCUCCAGCGCCACUCGAUCUUUAAUCCUCAGUGUCUGACUGGAACGGAUCCAGAACCAAAUGCAGAUCUGGAGAGAAACGGCUCUGCAAAGCAGUUUUCAUGUCCAGAGUGUGACCAGACAUUUGGGGAAGUUUCACUUUUAGCUUCUCAUUAUGAAAAGGAGCAUCGUAUGUUUUUGGAGUCAGGAAAAACUCCAGGAACUCCAAAUUUGUUAGCUCUCGCCUCAGAACAAACUGACGUCAGCCACGCUGGGACUGAAUCCUUGUCAUCUGUCUUGAAGACUAAAACUCAUCAAUGCCCCCUCUGUUCCAUGACUUUUGAAAAAGCAAGAGGUCUUCGUGCUCAUAAAUGGCAGGCCCACUCAGAGGGCAAAAAGAGCAAAAUGAACCUUCUGCUGAGAGAAAAUGUUGAGCAAAGGUUCUUAAAAGAUGAAGUUGAGCAGACCGAGCACCCUGUGAUCAAUUCUAAAGAAAUGAAGGAAGUUAAAUUGGACCCUGUUGGACCUGUCUUGUGUCUCGACUCUGGAAAAAAGUCCAGCUCUGCAGAGGCUCCGGAUCCCCCCAACAGGGCUUGCUUGGAGGUGAAGCAGAAGACGGAAACCGCUGAAGCCACAGACGAGGUUCUCCUUCCGCCGAGCCGUCUUUCUGAACACACAGUGAAAUACCUCUUCAAGUGCGAUAAAUGUGGCAAAGCUUUCCAAACCGAGGAGCAGUUGGAAACCCACAAGAUCAAGGCGAAGAGCCGGCCCUACUGCUGCGCCCUGUGUUGCCACGGCUUCUGGACGGAGAGCCAGCUUCAGCAGCACCUUGCCUGGCACGAUCAGGUGCGAUGCCGCCUCCCUAGUGAGGUGCGCCUGUGGCUCAGCUCUGCUGUGACCUCAAAGCCUUUCAAACCCAACUCCCCCAAUGACGGCAAAGGAAAGCUUCUCCCACCUCCUGCCGCGAGCGAACCCACUCACCCUCGACCCUGUCCGGCUCUUGACGUGCAAGCAUUGCAGCAAAGCCUUCCAUUCGCCGACAGCGCUACAGAAACACAAAGUGCAGUGCAUCAACAGCGCGCUGUACCGCUGCUCCGUUUGCCCCUGGAGUUUUAGUCGCAUAGGAGUUUUUUGAUCAUCAGCAGAAAUGUAUCUGGGGCCUCUACCGGAGACCCCGGCAGCCUUAAUCUGCCUUGAAUGUGAAACUCCUUCACCAGCAUCUUGCAUCGCAUGUUUUUGCUUCGUGUUGCAGCUUUGUGACACUUUUGGCUCCCCUACUCAGGCUUUCCUUUACACUGGACCAGUAUCACUGUAAAUGUGGAUGUGCAACUGCUUUCAUAAGCUUCUUAUGUCUAGAUGAAUGUCUAAACUUUGCUCAACCUUUUUGCAUUUGUGUUUAUAACUAAAGAGAACGAUGGAUAUUAUUACAUUGCCAGAACUUAUGCAUUAACGUUUUAAAGAUGCUUCAUUAAAAAAAAUGCACUCUAAUUCAAAGGUCUAUAAAAUAGAUUGAGACUUUAUAUGUAGACAUUUCCUGCUGUUUUAAAAUGCUGUGAAGGUUUAGUUAAUGAAGUACUGCUGUACAUAUUUCCUAUCAACUUGCAUAAUAGUGAAGUAGUUUGUCUAUUAAAGCACAUUCUUCAGUGUUCGAUCUUUUUUCUUUAUAGCUAUGUAUCUCUUUGUUGUGGAUAGAAUACUCCUGAAUAUGGUGUUUGUUUCUACUGAAUUGUUGUAAAAUAGAAAAGACUUGGUUAAUAUAUUUCUUAUUUUCAUUUCUUUAUGAACUGUGUUUCAUUUGACCCUAUAAAUUUCCGUUUCAGAAACAGAAGAAAAUAAAAUUGUUUAAAUCUUUCAGUUGUGUUGUUGAUUCAGCCUCCAUUUGUUCAUCGAAUUGAAUAGUUUAUGAUGAUUCUUUCUACUUUUAUUUACCUAGAAAUGUUUAUUCAUGGUUUCACGUUUGUCUGAAAUCCCAAAAAAAUAAAUAAACAUUACCUGAGUAAAUUAA